AUAGGGAGAGCGCAAAAACGUGUGCCCCCUUGGUCGAUUGAUUCGUCCAAUCGAUCGGGAGGGAGAUUUGCUACUCCUCCUCUCGGCUCCCUGCGCAACGCGAUUCGGUUCCAGCGCCUUGAAUGUGGGUUUUGGCGGCGAUCUCCUCUUCUUUUCUAGGCCUCCCGGCGAGGGAUUGAUGGCGCUAUAGCGAGCGAGGCGCGAGAUCUGUCGUGGAGCUCCGCAAAUCUGCCCGGGCCGCGCUCUCUCUAGCUCGCAUUGUGCCCUGACUCACGCAAAUCUCGUGCGCCGCCCGGGCUUCUUACUCACAUCACAGCUCUCCAAAUCUUUUGUUCUAAGCGAUUGGAGGAGAAAACCCCCGAGUUAAGGGAAAGAGAAUGGUACUAUGGGUUUUCGGCUAUGGAUCUCUGGUGUGGAGGGCUGGAUUCAAUUACGACGAGCGUGUUGUUGGCUACAUCAAAGGCUACCAGCGCGUGUUCUAUCAAGGUAACACUGAUCAUAGAGGAACUCCUGAGAAUCCCGGGAGGUGUGUGACCCUUCUCCCCAAGGAAGAAUCCAUUUGUUGGGGGGCUGCGUACCGAGUUUCUGGCAAAGAUUCCGAGGAGCUUGUUUUGUCGUAUUUGGAGCUCCGGGAGAAAGAGUAUGACGUAAGAGCCUACAUUGACUUUUACACAGUGGACUCGCCAGCGCAGCCAGCCCUCCGUGGAGUUUUAGUAUACAUUGGCUCGCAGAACAAGCAAAACAAUAAAUACUAUCUUGGUCCAGCACCGAUUGAGGACAUGGCCAGCCAAAUUGCUAGAGCUGUCGGACCCUCCGGUCCAAACUACGAGUACCUGUUUCGCUUAGAGGAAGCGCUCUGCGAGAUUGGAUGUGCCGAGGACGAACUGAUUGAGCUCGCAGACGAAGUUCGCAAGCUACUCGGUGGUGCCAAUGGAACCAAUGGAGCCAAUGGAGUAAAGAAGCUCAAUGGAAUGUGCACACACCACGUCCAGAAGAUUGGCAAGCAGGUGAACGGAGCUCUCGCGCACUAACAAAACAGAAGUUACGUUUUUUUGGACGAACCAUACAACUAUUCUUGCACACGGGGGCCAAUGCUAAUGGAUUUGACCCCAUGGAUCACAGCAAAACGUUAUCGACGAGGCCAUUGAUCAAUGCCUGUUAUGUACCACUUAUCAAACACUGAAAAACCUUUUUGUGUAGACCCUUCCAUUUU